UGAGUGUAACACAGGAAGAGGUAGCAGCAUGGAGUGAGAGGUAGGAUGAUGGUUGUUCUCUCUGCUUAUUAGAAUGGAUGACAAGAGGCGGAGAGCUCGCGUGCAGGGGGCGUGGGCGGGACCAGCGAAAGCCGCUCCUCACACAGCGCCUCGACCUGCCGCGGCCUCAGGAAAACCUCAGGGCUGGGGACACGAGCGUGUUAUUCCAGACAAACAGUUUGUAUAUAAAGAGCCAACAGAGGUUUCACGCAGGAUCCCGGACCCCCAAAUAAUUGAUAAGCCCGGAACGUAUGAAAUCAGCACAUCGACCUCUGGAGUGUCCAGACUAAGGAUUUUCCCCUCGUUCAUUGAGCCCAGAGAGGUAGAGUGGAUGUUUGAACAGUUACACCGGGAGAUCCCGUGGAGGCAGAAAUCCAAUGUGGGGCCGGACGGGCCCUACCAGGAGCCGCGGCUCACCUGCUGGUACGGAGAGGUGCCGUAUACUUACUCGCGCUCUACGAUGCAGGCCAACCCUCACUGGCAUCCUCUGCUCACCAUGCUGAAAGACCGCAUUGGGGAGGUGACCGGAUACAACUUCAACUCCCUGCUCUGCAACCUGUACAGACACGACAAGGACAGCAUAGACUGGCACAGCGACGAUGAACCCGACCUUGGCAGGGAUCCCGUCAUCGCCUCCUUAAGCUUUGGAGAGACUCGGGUGUUCCAGAUGAGGAAGAAACCCCCGCCGGAGGAGCAGGGAGACUACACGUAUGUAGAGCGCAUACAUAUACCGCUGGAUCGUGGGACCCUUCUGAUAAUGGAAGGAGCAACGCAGUCUGACUGGCAGCACCGCGUGCCUAAAGAAUACCAUGACCGGCAACCUCGCAUCAACCUGACCUUCCGCACCAUGUUCCCGGAGACUAAGGCCCAACCGUGAGGAACACUAAACCGAAUCCGGAAACUCCGGCCGCGUAGAGGAGCGUC